AUGGAGGAAAGCAGGGAAGAGCCCCCCUUUCCACCUGGUGCCAGAACAGGGGGCAACCAGGAUAUGCAGCUGAAGUGGGUUGUCCUCGACAUGUAUGCAAUGAUAGAUGAAGAGGAAGGGUAUACUGGUGAUUGGACCAAGGACAAGGAGAUCAUGGUGGAACUGAUGGACCCAAUAAAGAGGAUCCACGCCAUGCCUUUGGAGGAAGCAUAA